AUGUCCUUACCGAAGCCCCCUUCGUCUUUGGACAACUCGUGCUCUGUCAUUUAUGACAACACGCUUUAUUCUUACUCACCUCAGGGAUUCCUGUCCCUGUCUUUGGAAAGUGGUGCAGAAUGGAAGAAGCUGCCUUCGGGAGUGGCAGUGACUGGGGGAGUUUGCGUCGAAACCAACCCCACUGAUGCUGCUAAUGCUGCCCUAUUCAUUGUUGGAGGAACCGCUGCAGGCGAUUACAAUGGACUCCAAAAGUACACCUUUUCGACAGGCAAUUGGACAACUAUCACUCCUUCGGUUCCGGUCACGCAGAAUCGUUUACACCAUGGCGCCACCUAUAUUCAGGCCGACAAUGCCAUCUUGGUUUACGCCGGUAGCCAAGACGGCAGCGCUGGUCCCUCCUCACAAACAUUCACCAUCGAUGCUUCUGAGCCAUACGGAGCUCGCUCGUUUCCAGCUAGCGCCGUGCCGGCUGUUUCUCCCUUCGUUACGAGCUGGACCAACGGUGAUGCUGCCAUGAUGAGCGGCGACGGCAAUGAUGGCAACAUCUACUGGUUCAAUCCUCAAGCCGGCUGGAGAUAUUCUGGUGCUGGCUUGUCACAGCCACUCAACAAAGCCUCGGGCUCGGUAAAUGCUGUGCUGAUUUCUGGAGAUGAUGGGUCGAAAAGUCUCUAUACUUUUGACUUGUCGCAGUCUCCCAACGCCGUCACCCGUACCAUCGUACAAGAUGCCGCCGGCAAACCCAUCCCCAACUCAGCUCCUGUUCCUGCAGGGAGCACCGAGAAGCGCGCGUUGACUCUGGGCAACUGGCCAGACUACAACUCGACAUUGGCUCCUACUACCACUCGAACAAACUUCGCCAUGGCCCAGGCACCCGACGGCACUGUAGUCUUUUCUGGUGGAAACGACCAGGUUCCACUUGCUAUUUUCAAUGCCGACAAGAAUGGCUGGGUCGAUGCGAAGGCCCUGCUGGAUGAUCAGCAGAUAUCCAUCCAAGAUAUCCCUUCAUCAUCAGCAACUACGGCGUCGAAGACCAAGACCACCUCUAGCGCGCGGCACACGUCGACAACACACGCCACCUCAACUGCAACUACGGAUUCUCCUUCGACAACUGGCUCGUUUACCGGCACUGCAACGGGCACUGCAGACCCUAGUAUAUCCGACCUGUCUGUCCCUGCCAUCCCAACUGGCAGCGGUAGUGCAAGCUCCGACUCUGGUCCCAGCUCCAACGCAAUUCUUGGCAUUACUCUCGGCACCAUUGGUGGAUUUCUUGCGCUCCUUGGCCUUAUUCUGCUCCUUCUCCGCUGCCGCAGAAGACAGCAGCUUCAUCCGGAAACAGGAAAGCCCAAGACCCCCCCAAUUAACGAGAAAGGCAAUGCUACGUUUGCGCAGAUGGCAAAACAGUUCAAAGGUCAUCAGCACACGGCAUCUUCAGAGUCAACCUCUUCAAUGGCGAUCUUGAUGGGCCGUGUGGGCCAGCACAAGCCAAGAAAGCUCAGCAACGACUUCAAGAGCCAAAUUAGCAAGCCAAUUCUUCAACCACAGCAGGCCCCCAUUCUUUCGAUCUCUGACGAGAAGGGCGAUACUUUCGAACAUUCAGCCACUGAGCUUCGACCCCAAGACGGACUAGCAGGAGCAGAUGAUGGCACCCGAAGAAGCUCGGGCUGGAAUAAAUACUGGUCAGGAGGAAGUGCGCUGAAUAUUCUCGGAUAUGGAGCGUCACAGCCACCUUCACAAACACCCGCACAAGCACCUGCACAGAGAGUCACGGUCGUAUCGGAUCGAAGCUCUCACUACUCACAGGCACCUACCACUCUUAAUGCCAGAGCAACACAGGAUUCAGCCACUGUCCCUCCUCUCAACUUUGAAGCCCCCCCUGGGAUGAACAGAGUCAACACGGGAAGCCCUGUGGUUUCGUCCUACCCGGAUAUCCCCUGGAAAGAGGGCAUGUCGGGUAAGAUUGAGCGACCUGUCUCAGCAGUCUCGGCACUGUCAGCAACGUCGUCUGGCUAUUCAAGCGGAAUCCCUGAGAGCGUACAAGAGUCGUGGGAUCCCACGCAUGCUGGAAAGUCUUGGGGUGCCAACCGUGCUCCCAGCAGUGCAUAUGCUCCCAGCAUAGUAUCCAGCGCUCAGCCCCAAGGACUGGGCUUGAGCAAACAACCUCAGCUUGCCACGGCGUCAACAUCAAAUGACAUGAGCUGGCUUAACCUUGGUGAGAAUUCACGGGUGUGA